GGAAAGAGAGAGUCAGACAAUCAGACAGGGGCUUUCUUCUAUUGUUUCUCUAAUGGCGCCCAAGAAACGAAGCGACAAGCAGCAAGGCCCAGCAAAGCCCGAGUUGCAGGAGAGGGUGACUCGGAGCUCGGCCAAGCGAGCGGCCAAAGCUGGCCCGGCUGAGUCGGAGCCCGAGUUGCUGAAGAAGAAGAAGACGAAUAAGGCUGCGAAGAAGGAAGAAGAGCACGAGGAGAAAAACUCGGCGCCGAACUCGAAGACCGUCGUGAUUGAGCAGCCGGAACCUGAGUUGCCGAAGAGGAAGGCCAAGAAGGUUGAGAAGAAGGAAGAAGAGCUAGAGGAAGUAAACUCGGACACGACCGCGAAGACCAUCGUGAUUGAGCACUGCAAACAAUGCAAUUCAUUCAAGACAAGGGCUAUACAGGUGAAAGAAGGUUCGGAGAAAAGUGUUGCUGGUAUCACAGUGCUGGUCAAUCCUGAUAGGUGGAAAGAAGAUCAGUUCUUUCAAUCAAUCAGACGGUACUACCAGACACCUUUUGAACCAUGCUUGGAAACUUUGGAGGGAUGGAACACCCUUGGAUUUGGUGGAUCCAAUAUUGGGAGACUCUUACUCGAGAGAUGA